AUGUCCUCAUCACGACUGUUCCGCCCUCUUGUGCAGGGCCUCCAGCGCCAAUCGCUGGGCCUUCAAUCCACGGCCUCGCGGUCCCUGAUUGCCCGCGCCGCGUCGACCUCGGCGAAGGUGUCCACGGUGAAGGUUCCUUCGUUCCGAGCGCAGCAGGCCCGGAACCAAUUGGCCGCCCCGGCGAAGCAGGAGAAGCCAAACUACACCAUGCUCUACGCCGCCAUGCCCCAGCUCAUCCCCUUCUACUUCGUCAACGAGGUUACCACGGCGUUCAUCCUCAUCCCGGCGCUGAUCUACGUGUUCACCAAAUAUAUCCUGCCGAAGAACAUGCGGACGAUGUUGGCGAGGCUGUUCAUCAGCAAGCUGUGA